AUGACCUGUUGGACGAUCAAUGUUCCCAUCCCUAAGCUGCCUCGAGCAUACGAGAUCCAGAUGUUCCUCAUCCCUCCUGUGAUCAUCGGUACAUCUGCCAUUGCAUGCUCAAGCGUCGUUGACCGGUUCUUGCAUAGGUCUCUUCGCUUCUUGUACGUUGACCCGCCGAGGACAUACGCAUCGGGAUUUGACGGCGUCGAACGGAAGCAUGGCGCGGCGUUGUCGUGGGCAUUGCUGUCUGUCGUUAACUCGGGUCUGGCCAAAACCACCACACUCAUGGUCAACCAACCGGACAUCGCACGCUACGCCCGGAGCAAGAUGGCUCCUGUCUGGUCACAGCUCGUCAUGUUCCCUGUGGCAAGUACAGCUUGCGCAGCCAUGGGCAUAUACGCCACACAAAGCAUCUACAAUGCAUGGGGAAACAUGGAUUGGAACCCGUGGGUGUUGAACCAUGACAUGCUGGACCAUGAUUUCAGCCACGGCCGGAGGGCCGGCAUCGCCAUCAUUAACAUUGUGUUCAUUUUUGGAAACGCCCUCACAGAGCUCGGGGCCAAUGUAGUCCCGUUUGGAGCGGACUUUAUGUCCUUGUUUCCUAGAUGGCUCAACAUCAAGCGGGGCAUGUGGCUGUGCUAUAUCCUCGGUGUCUGUACCUGUCCAUGGCAGAUCCUUGCGACAGCCACGGGCUUUCUCAAGUUCCUGAAUGGGUACAGUAUCUUCCUGGGGCCUUUUCUCGGUAUGGCUUUGACGGAUUACCUGGUGGUUGGCAAAGGCAAUGUCUUCGUUAAGGAUCUAUACAAACUUCCUGGAUUUGCGGAAACCUUUGGCACCCAGCUUGGUAGCAGUGGCGGUUGGACCCACCUGUAUGCCUGUAGCUGGUUCUACACCUGCACGGUCAGCAGCAUAGUCUAUUUUGCAUUGGGAUUCGUUGAGAAGUACGCCAAAGAGGAAAAGGCCAUGUCAUUUGAGAGCUUAGGAGGUGCCAGUGGUGUUGUCCAGGAGCUGCACGCCGUCGAUCCCGAGAGCGACGUGUCCGAGGUCAAUCUCCCUGUUGAACAGAAGGUCUAG